AUGGUUAAAGUCGCCAUUGCCGGCCCCGGACAGGAACUCGUCAAAGGAACGACGUGGGUGAAGGUGGACUUCUCGGACAAGGACGGCCUGGUAGGAGUGCUUCAGGGCGUUCAUACCAUCCUCUCCUUCAUUGUAGUCCACAAUGACACGGACAACGUGGCCCAAAAGACAUUGAUUGAUGCCGCCAUCGAAGCCGGCGUCAAGCGUAUUGCGCCAAGCGAGUGGGCACUCGCCGAUCUCAACCACUUUGGUUGGUACGAUAACAAGGUCAUCGAGUACUCCCUCUUCCAACCCGGCUGGUUCAUGAAUUAUCUCGGCGGAAAUCGCAAGAUAGCUACGCACGUUCAACCUACCGGAUUCACCGCCGUCGACUAUGAGCACGGCCGCGCCCGGGUUCCUGGCAGUCUCUCUAACAAGGUUACUUACACCGCCAUUCAUGACGUGGUGAACGUGGUAGUGAAGGCUAUUGACUAUGAGGGCGAAUGGCCCAUCAUUGGUGGCAUCAACGGCAACACCUUAUCAGUAGCCGAAGAAAUAGCCAUCGGCGAGAGAUUGGAACUCGAGGAUCUCAAAGCCGGCAUUGUCAAGACCUCGUGGCUCCCGUCCCUGGACCACCUCCCCAAUAUCAACGACGAGCUCGCCCGGCAGGUCCUUGCCAGCCUUCUGAUCAACACUGCGGAGGGAGCAGGCACCGUUUCGGAUGAGUGGAACAAGAUCUUUCCGGAUUACCAGUUUACCAAGGCCGAGGAGUACCUUGCUGGUGUAUUUGCAGACGCAUGA